AAGACGACCAACGGAUUUUGGUCCAGACACAAAAUUGUUUAAACUUUAAUUAAAAUAAAUCAGACGGCGAAUUACUGGUGAGAUAAGUAUCAGGUCUCAGGACCUCACUCUUCAGCGUCUCGAAAAAGCUUAUUUCAUAAACUACAAUCAUGUUUGGCCAGACAGGAUUCGGUGCAAGUGCCACACCCGUAUUCGGCGGCAAUACCUCUCUUUUCAACACAAAACCAGCAGGCACAACGCCCGGAGGUUUAUUCGGGAAUACUGGAACGGGCUCAGCAUUCGGCCAGCCUGCGACAACACAGUCCUCCUUCGGAGCCUUCGGCAAUACUAAUACAAAUGCGAAUCUCUUUGGAGCGCAGCCAACAGCAAGUACAAAUCUUUUUGGAACAACAACCGUCACACCAGCUUUCGGCCAAGCUAAUAAACCAGCCGGUUUUGGUUUUGGUGCACCCGCCAAUACCGGCCUUUUCGGCCAAACUCAACAGACGCCCCAGCAAACGACGCCCUUCGGCCAAGCCAAUAAACCGGCAGGAUUUGGCUUUGGCGGAUCCACCAACACAAGUCUCUUCGGCCAGCCGCAACAAGCUACUCAGCAAACGACGCCCUUCGGCCAAACCAAUACUUCAGCGAAUACAAGCCUGUUUGGAUCAACGCCCGGGUUCGGAGCUACGAACAAUGCAGCUGGUAUGACUGGAACUUAUGUCAAGUUUGCUCCAGUCACUGGCACCGAUUCGAUGAUGAAGAAUGGCGUCACCCAGAGCAUUUCCACGAGGCAUCAUUGCAUAACUUGUAUGAAGGAGUACGAGGGGAAAUCACUGGAGGAGCUACGUCUCGAAGAUUAUAAUGCGGGUCGCAAAGGAGGAGCACAGGGUCAAACAACAACCGGACUGUUUGGUGCAGCACCGCAGGCCUCACCUUUUGGAAGCGCAGCCCCAGGCGCAAAUCCCGCAACUUCCACUUUCGGUUCCAUAGGUGGGGGAUUCGGAGUCACGAGCCAACCAGGAGGUACCGGACUAUUUAACAAGCCAAUAACCGGCUUUGGCGCACCAGCGACCACGACCAGCUCCUUCGCUUUCAAUUCUACUCCCUCGACCAAUCUGUUUGGCGCGAGUACACAAGCAAAACCCUUUGGAGCAGCUGCCCCGGCUCCUCUUUUCUCCACGACGAGCACCGCACCAACCGCGACAGGAUUUGGAACGAAUCAAACCGCCGGCUUCGGGGCAUUCGGCGCCGCCCAACCAAAUCAGAGCAUCGGCCUCUUCAAUCAGAACAAGUCAGCCUUCACACUUCCGGCUUCGUCGGCAAGCACCGGAUUCGGAGGAUUUGGCCAAACCACGACAACGAACACUGGAACGAAUUUAUUUGGUGCUAAACCCGCGGGAACAACAGGAUUUGGAACGACCUCCGCUUUUGGUGGAACACCGGCUCCAGCCUUUGGUACUAAUAUCGGUUUCGGUGCAACUCCAAACACAAAUACGUCCUUGUUCAACAAUUCGUUUAAACCGGCCGGACAAACGACAGGAUUCAGUUUUGGAAAUACGGGAGCCACGACUGCACUUGGUGCGAAUCCUGGAUUGAAUCUGGGUGGAGGAACUUCGCUUUUUAAUCAGCAAAAACCGGGUGGCUUGUUUGGAUCAACAGGUGCUGCGACAGGGUUCAAUAAUACUGGUGCUUUUGGUGCCUCGACUGGAUUCGGUACCGGUGGAAGUGCAUUGUCAUCAUUUGGAACUAAUCUGAUGGGUGGAAUGGGAACGAAUCAAGUUCAGCCAAAUGCCAAUUCUGUGCCUGUACAUCAGCAAAUUUUGGCUCUGGUAUCAGCGCCUUUCGGCGAUUCGCCACUUCUCAAAAAUCUUUUGCCAGCUUCCGGCAAAACUGAGGAGCUUCUGAAACCUAUGAAUCCGACCAACCGAUCGCUAAAUAGUCCUCAGUAUAAAGUUACGCCGAACAAUAAUUCGCCGAAAAUCAAAGCGAGAGUUGUCACAUCUGGUCACAUGUCCAAGAAAUCUUUAUUUGAGGGUCUUGAAGAGGAAGAUCCGGCUUUAUUGGAAGCCUUUCAACCACGUCCAAAUGCAAAACGAUUGGUUCUCCGUCCGAAGACUGUGACCAGUAUUUCUCCAUCGUCGCCGCGCGAGAAUACAAAUCUAAAUACCAGCAAUCUUGAUAAUCGAGAGUUGACGAGUCCGAAAAAUGAAGAGCCUAGAACGGAAUUAUCUAGCCCGAGAACUGAAGUCACGAAUAAAGAAAAUGAAAUUCAGGAAACGAAUCGUCGCUUGUCGAGCGACCGAAGAUCCUCGACUUCUUGGUUGAAAUCGACCAUUCCGAGAAAAAAGACGACGGACGAGGACUUUGAUGGCCAACAAUCGCCCUUUAGAGGUUCAGAUGUUCCUUCGGAAGGUCUGGACAAUACUGUCGUGGAAUUGCGACCAAAUAUCGGACCCCAGAAACAGUUUCUCUCGCUCUUUGCCCAGAGUAAUUCGUUCAAUUCUUCGCUGAAUCCGGACAAGAGUACUUCCGAUUCGAUUAUUGAACGGGAUUCUGAUUCGGGACAGGAUUUGGAUGAAACUCCAAUUUCUCCUCUUCAGUCUGCCCACGUUCCAAGAUUGUCCAAAGUGAAAUUGCAAAGAGUAGGUUAUUACACGAUACCGUCGCUGGAAAAACUCGAUGACUACGUGUGCGGUGAGACUUGUGUCGUUCCGAAUUUCACAGUUGGACGAAAGGGCUAUGGCAAUGUCUACUUUCCUGAUUCCUUCGAUGUUUACGGACUGAAUUUGGAUGAAAUUGUCCACUUUCGGCACAAAGAGGUGAUCAUCUAUCCAGAUGACGAGAAGAAGCCGGCAGUUGGUCAAGGCUUGAAUCGAAAAGCUCAGGUGACUCUAGACCGUGUCUGGCCUCAUGAUAAAUCGCGACAUGAGCCAAUCACGGAUCCACAUCGUCUACAGGAAAUGAAUUACGAGGUGAAAUUGAGACAAGUCUCUGCCAAGCAUGAUACACGUUUUCUCGAAUACAGACCCGAAACUGGCUCCUGGGUUUUCAAAGUCGAUCAUUUCUCCAAGUAUGGUUUGAGCGACUCAGACGACGAGGAAGAGGGCAAUGAGAUCGCGGCAAAUGACUUGUGGAACGGCGGAAACAACGAAGAGAAACAGCGAAAAGCGCUAUUAUUGAAGACAAAAUCGAAAAGAAAGUCGCAGUCGGAAGCGAAACCGGAGGCGAAACCUGAUGCCAAACAGACACAACUCUCGGAAUUGCAGAAUUCUAUAAACGACUCGAUGAAUUCGACACAUUUGAUGCAGUCGGAAUUCCAGUUUGACAGAUCCAGCGAUUGUUUGUACAAUUUGAAAGAAGAUUCCUCGGCUUCAGCACGAGAUUGCAGAUUCGAGAAGCAAUCAGCGCUCAGUCCGACAUCCAUGUACGCAAGAAUUAUCGGCACCGACAGUCACAAAUUGCAACUGAUGAAAGCCGAUCUGUUCGACUCGAAUGGAGCCGAUGGCGGUGAUGAAUACAUGUUUGAGGAGGUGCCGCGAAAUCGUGAGAAAAGCCGUGAUUUUGGAGGCGACAAACUUACCGCCGAUUAUCACAAGACCGUGAUGGAACAAAUUCCGAUGCUGCGCUCCAAUCUGACUCUACAGGGAUCCUACAUGAAUGAUUCCCGGCUGCAGGAAACGAAGGAAGUUAAACCGAAACAGUUGGAGCAAGUUCCGUCCGCGAAACCUGCAGUUUUGAGCAAAGUUCUUCCAGCUCCAGUCGUUCGACCCAAGACAGUCGUUCUUAAAUCGCGAACUGAGCUGAUUCCAUUCAAGGAUUCUAUCAUUUACAGACUACGUUCGAGAUGUAUAGCUGAUGCCGGGAUCCAGAUGGGAAGGAUGUUCAAGCCUAGUUGGGGUCCGGGAUUGACUCUGAUUUCGUUGAGUACGCAAGAACAGGCGGCGAACAUUCCUCUGAGAAAUAGUGUCACGCAACUUGGAUCCUACAUCUCUGGUCGCUUCCUGGAUGACAUGACCUCGACGAGCAUUGUCCAAAGACUUCAGAUUCUGGGUGGCAGUGGUGUGGAGCCCGAUUAUUUGAUAAGAUUCAAGGAGAGCGUGGAAGGACAUCUCCGAGUGCAAUUGGAGCACUGCGUUCUGGGCCAGGAAGGUGAUUGUCCAGCCGUUGCGGCAGCAACUGGAGACUCGGGAAUUGCGGCUCUGCAUGCGCACUGCAAUCUGGCGCAGGAAUUCGCGAGUCAGUUGGAGUCGAGCCAUUUGGGAACGGACAGCCAGUCGGUGUUUGAGAGUCAUAUCGAGGCUGAUAAGAUGGCCAAGUAUUCGAGCGAUGUUUGGCGACUGUGUGUGGCACUUUGGGGCAAUCUUCCCGAUAUUGAGAAAGAGGAUGACAAGGAGGAUCAUAAAACUGUGAUGGUGAGAAAAGAGGCGCUCAGUGAUUGGCUGAAGAGUGUCGUGGAAAAAAUCGUUCGAGUCAAUCUCUCCGAAUUGACGUCCGAAGAUCAGAUCAUGUUUGAACUUCUCACGGCCAAUAAAUUGGACGACGCUUGUGCUCUGGCAAGAAAAGUGGUGGGCGAUCAUUGUUUGGCCCUGCUCAUGUCUCAACUGGGUGGGGCGACUUCGGUGAGAGAACUGAUUAAACAACAAUUGGCGCUCUGGCAGGACACUGAUGUCGAUGGAGAUUUGUCGAUUUAUCGACUGAAAUUGUUCAUGAUUGUGGCUGGAGAGCCGCUGAUUUGCAGCAAACAAGGCACGAUCAAUGUCUGCGAAAGUCUGGAUUGGAAGAGAGCUCUGGCUCUGCAUCUCUGGUACUUGUCGCAGCCAACCGCCUCCAUCACUGAUGCCUUGGAGCAUUAUGAAGGGUCGUUUAAUGCCGAGCCCAGUGAUGUUUAUGCAGUCGAGCCUCGGCCCGAGUACUUUCAAGAGGAUUAUCAUGCAGAAAUCAGCAAUAAAAAGCCGAUUUAUGAUCUGUGCUUUCAUCUAUUGAAACUUUAUUGCACGGGCAAUCACCCGCUCGAGGAGGUUUUGAAUCCACUAACUCAUACGGCUGAUCCUCUGGAUUAUAGGCUCAGUUGGUUAACCCAGCAAAUGCUGGUCGCUUUGGGUUAUUCACAUCUUUCGGAUUAUGUGGCUGCUCUCACUCAUGCUAAUUUUGCGGCUCAGUUGGAAACCUAUGAUUUGUGGCAUUGGGCCAUUUUUGUCGUGCUUCAUCUGCAAGAUUCGGGGAGAAGAAGAAGCGCUGUCUUGGAUUUAUUGGCGAGGCAUGUGGAGUUGGAUGAGAGUGAAAAUUAUGUCAAAAGGGAGAAUUUCUUGAGGGAGGAACUUGGAAUUCCGUCGAUCUGGAUCAAUCAGGCCAAAGCUGUUAAGGCAUGUGCCUAUAAAAGGUAUGGAGAAGCAGCUUGGUAUCUAACUAAAGCUGAACAGUGGAACAAAGCCCAUGAAGUUAUCAUCGAGAACCUCGCCGCAGACGCCAUCAUUAACGAAAACUAUGACUAUCUUAAAUCUCUUCUAUCGCCAUUAAUGCAAGAAGACAGCCACAACAUGAUCAGUGGUUGGGCACAUCAAGGUCAACUUUUGUGGGAUUACAUAGAGGUCACUUCUGAAAUAAAAUCUCUACUCCAAGCUCCAGAUUGCACCGGUCUCGGUUACAAACUAGAACUUCUGCAGCCCCAAUUAACGUCCCUUUGUUCGAAGAUAAAUCUCUUUCCAUGUCCUACCGCAAAACACAGACUCUGUCAAGCUGAGAUUGCCAAGAGAACUUUGCAAUUGGCAAGAAGUCUUCUGAUGUUGCAAUCAAAUGACAAUAAAAUUACCGGAAGAGUGUUAGUUCACUUGAUUUCGCAGCUUCCGUUGCCAGAAGAUUAUGCACAGCAGGAACUUCGGCCGCUAAUAAAUAUGUGCGCCGCUCAAGUAGUGCAGUGAUCAUUCUUGUAUUUAUAUGAAUCAAACUUGAAGGGGACAACUUUCUAAGGAGAAAAAGAGUUGGAGAAUUGAAUAACUGAUAAAGGAUUUGGACGAAUUUCGUGAUAGGACUUUUAUGCUAAGAAAUCGCAUCUUCUAGACUAUUUAUCGUGAAUUAAUUGCAGUGGAAGGUGAAUGAAAGCGAAAGACAGUCGUUUUUUGAGGGGAGUAAGUAGGUAAAUCCAAGAUUUGAAUAAUUUGUGACGCAAGCGAAAAUUCGGUGAGAAUGAUAAGAGUGUGGUGUUGUAUGGGAAAUUGAGUCGAAUAUAUGGUGUAAUUUUGUUGUUGUUCCGAGAUGUAUUAAAACGUAUCAAAGUAUAGACACUUAUAAUUAGGAUACUUGAAACUUAAUUAGGGUUACAUACUUUAAACCUUGAAUAAGUGGUGUAAUUACCAAUUCUAGUUUUUUAUUUUGUUAAAAUGUUGAUCUGUAACUAAAUCACACGAUAAGGAACUGUAUAAAGCAAUAAGGUAAUCUACACUUUUGUAAAAUAGCAAUCUUUAUUUUUAAUAUCGAGCAGCAGCGUGCCAACAAUUUUAGAGUUGAAGUGAAGAUUGUGACGUGUUUUCUACCCUUUUUUGUUUGUUUUGUUGGAAUUUCAUUCAUGAAGCGGAGAUUAAUUUUUGUUAAUAUGCGAAUACCUCAUUAUUACCAUUUGGGAUUAUGUUUUAAAAGAUCUACUUUUAAGUUUUUUUCUUAUACGUAUUGUACAUCUUGGGUCUAAUUGUAAGGGCUUUGUUGGAAUGUAAUCAAUACUCGUUUUAAAAGAAUUUAAACAUUCGAAUUUGUAACAUUAGAAUGAAAUUUCCAAUCGGUAAUAAAAAAGAGAAGAACAUUUA